GGUGUUCGCCUUGAGCUUCCGACGCUGGCCACCGUCUUGCGUCUUUCUUGCGUCUGCGUCCACCAACCCACUCUGCACGCCGGAAUCUUUCUUUUGUUGUGUAGCUACUGCAAUUGAAGCCCGCCAUGUUCUCAGUCGCCCGCAAAUCCGCCCUCUGCCAGGCGCGCACCCAGCUCCGCCUGUCGCAACCCGUUACCGUCCCACAGUACUCUGCCCUCGCCCGGCUCCUGUCGACACUGGCUGUCCUCGAGCAAAGAGAUGGAAAGCUUAACCCGGCAUCGCUCUCCGCCAUCACAGCCGGAACCAAGCUCGGCGGCUCGGUAACAGCCUUUGUCGCCGGGAGUGGGGUCAAGUCUGUGGCGGACGAGGCGGCCAAGGUGAAGGGCAUUGAGAAGAUCAUAUACGUCGAGAAUGGCGCGUACGAGAAGGGUCUGCCUGAGAACUAUGCUCCGCUGCUCGUCGAGAACAUCAAGAAGGGAGGUUUCACACACAUCUUGGCCGGACACUCCGCUUUCGGCAAGAAUCUGCUACCUCGCGUGGCUGCACUACUCGAUGUGCAGGCCAUUUCAGACAUCACCGCCAUCGAGAGCGAAGACACAUUUGUGCGCCCCAUCUACGCAGGCAAUGCCAUCCUUACCGUCCAAUCGUCCGACUCACAGAAAGUAAUCACCGUGCGCGGCACCGCGUUCCCGGCGCCCGAGCUUGAAGGUGGAUCCGCUGCCGUUGAAGAGGGCGUAGACCCCAAGGUUGAGAGCACUUCGGAAUGGGUAUCCGAAGACCUGGCCAAGUCAGACAGGCCUGAUCUUGGCUCGGCGGAGAAGGUGGUGUCUGGUGGCCGUGGUCUCAAGUCCAAGGAGGAGUUCGACCGCCUCAUGCCCCCGCUGGCAGAUGCACUUGGCGCCGCCAUUGGAGCUUCCCGUGCUGCUGUCGACAGCGGCUUCGCCGACAACAGCCUGCAGGUCGGACAGACGGGCAAGAACGUUGCGCCGAAGCUCUACCUCUGCGCUGGUAUCUCAGGUGCUAUUCAGCACUUGGCAGGUAUGAAAGACAGCAAGGUCAUCGCCGCCAUCAACAAGGAUGGCGAUGCGCCUAUCUUCCAGGUCGCUGAUGUUGGCCUGGUUGGCGAUUUGUUCGAGAAGGUUCCGGAGCUCACUGAGAAGCUUAAGUCGCAAUAGGCUCGCGCAUGACAAGGAGGGUCACAGCCGAAGAACGACGAACCAAUACGCCUAAACAAGGACUGCUGCAUGUCCUUGAAAAUAUCAUCUACAAAGCCAAACGAAGAUUAAGAGCCACGCGCUGCAUAAGCUGCUUUAUGCCCUGCCCGUGUGCGGUACAUUCUGCAACAGCAUAUGAAACGGUUGCGAGUAGGUUGACUGAGUUUGCGAUUUGACUGCAGCGUAGUUCUUGUAUAUACUCCUUAUACGUUCAGAUGACGCAUUUCCUCCAUUGCAGGUCGGACAUCAAACUAUUUCGUUACCUU